ACAGGCUACCACCCGCUCACAGGCUACCACCCGCUCACAGGCUACCACCCGCUCACAGGCUACCAACCGCUCACAGGCUACCACCCGCUCACAGGCUACCACCCGCUCACAGGCUACCACCCGCUCACAGGCUACCACCCGCUCACAGGCUACCACCCGCUCACAGGCUACCAACCGCUCACAGGCUACCAACCGCUCACAGGCUACCAACCGCUCACAGGCUACCACCCGCUCACAAGCUACCAACACAAAAAGAUCCAAACCAUUUCGAACAAACAAAUUGGUUGUGACUUUUGAAUGUGUCAGGUAAUUCAUCUGUAUGAAAUGGUUGGAAUGAAAUGUGGUUAUUGUCACCAUUAUACUCAAAAGUAAUUUGAAUGUAGAUGCUAAUUUGGCUAACAAACGCCGCUACCAUACUGUAUCAUAGCCUUUUUCACUCCUUCGAACAACGUGCACUUUUAUUACAUUGCACUGGUUCUUAGUCAUUGAAUGCUAAUUGACGAACCCAGCAAAUUAAACAUCCCAGGUCUGUGAUAUUUUUCUCAAAAACAAAUCCAGUCACCGGAGGCACAUCUAUUAUGAGGAACACCUUGCCAGUCCACUCUGAUUGUAAAAUGUGUGAACCAUGGUCAAAGAAAUGUUUAUAUCCAACUUUUCCGGAAGCUCACUGCACAUCUCUGGUAGUGGGAAGCCAUCUUUGAUGACGCAAUUGUCUUGCGCGACUACUGGUAUGGGGAGUGAGCUUCGAGGAACAUAAAAUGAAUUUGAAAAUGUGUAAGACAUCCCGAAAUACUUAAUAAUAACAAUCCAAAUAUCAAUUUCAGCCUUUAGUCCAGAAAAGCAGCUUUGCAUUUGAUGCAUUGUUUCUCCCUUACUUUACAUAGUGUGAAGCCAUGGAAAAAACAGUGUUCCUGAUCAUUCUGUUAUCAGGGCUGUGUCCUACAGUAACAAAAGCCACAACCAUGGUACAAAUUAUGGAACCUGUUACUACCCAACCCCAAACAACGGAACCUGUUGCUACCCAACCCCAAACAACGGAACCUGUUGCUACCCAACCCCAAAAAAGGGAACCUGUUACUACCCAACCACAAACAACACUCCCUACUACAAGUGGGAGGCCAACUGAGAAAACGGCCUACUGGUGCAAACGCAAUGUUAAUCUGGUUUGUGAAUCUGUGUAAUGUUAAACUGCCCGAGCAGAUCUCUACUCUCUGACAAGCAUAGCAUCCUCUCGUAUCCUCGUUUUAGUGACUGUUUCCAAAGCAAAUGUGGUCUGCAACGAGACCAGAAUGACGGUGGCUGUGGAGAAGGCCUCCAUCGUGGGCCUCUAUGAGGACCACCUGCGUCUUAAUGACCCGUCCUGCAGCCUGAGCUGCAAUAGCAGCCACAUCUUCAGGACCCUGGCCCUCAACACCUGCGGCACCCAGCUGGAGGAGGAAGAGGACAACCUAAUCUUCAGAAACGUGAUCACUUCCUUUGAGGACUCCAGUGCCGUGAUCACCAAGAGGGACGAGAUGGAGAUCGAAUUCUGGUGCGUCUAUCUCAAGAAGGGCAACGUGAGCCUGGAAUUCCUGGCCCACAAGAUUCCGUACAUUUUCAGAGAGAAGGGCUUCGGGAAGUUCACCUACCAGUUUGAGUUCUACCACAGUAGUAGUUUUAACAGGAUGGUGGAUCCAGCCAGUUACCCAGUGGAGAUCUAUACACUGCCUUCGACACAUCAGGUCCUCCUCUCCACCCUCUCAGGGCUGGGCAUCUCAGGCGCUGCACACUCUUGGACUGCAUCCUACCUGGCAGGCCGCUCCUACCGUGACGUGGAGAGGAUCUGUGUCUGCACUACGUACUCUCACUACUGGUGUCCGCUGGUUCUAGUCUCUCUCCUCUUCCCUCUAUAUACCAAGUCAUAUCCUCACAUUGUCUCUCCUAUCAUUUCUGUGAGGAUGACAAUCAACUACUUUUCUCCUUCCCUCCUUCUGACACCCAGGUGGCGACACGCAUCUCUGCGUGCCUGGCAGAUAACUCAACUUGGAUGUCGGAACUACCGCAACUCGUUGUUGGCUGGGUUCUCCUCUUGUGCCAUCAAACCCCUGCAGCCCGCCUGGUUUUCAACCUUCCCAAGUUCUCCCAUGUCACCCCACUCCUCUGUACAACCACUGGCUUCCAGUCGAAGCUUGCAUCCACUACAAGACCAUGGUGCUUACUGACGGAACAGCAAGAGGAAUUGCCCCUCCCUACCGUCAGGCUAUGAUCAAACUCCACACCCCAACCCGAGCACUCUGUUCUGCCACCUCAGGUCUCUUGUCUGUGAUAUGUGGUUGUUCUACCUAGCUCUCUUAAGAUGAAUGCAUUAACUGUAAGUCGCUCUGGAUAAGAGAAUCUACUAAAGGACAAAAAAUGUCAAAUGUGGAAUGUUAAUUAAUGAGGGUGUUAUUACCAAAGAAGAGAACCCUGUCUCUGGUGUUCAGUGACAUUGGUUUUAAUACAUUUGGCCUUAACAUGGAGGACAUUUCAGGAAUAAUUAGGAACAGACUUGGUUCUGUUUUUGAUAUAGACAUGGAUUCUUUCUUGCCAACAAAUUUGGUGUAGUUAUUUUCAUAUCAAAGGUAUGUAAUCUCAUGUCCUUGCCAUUACAGCUUGUUGUAGGCUGCAAAACACAAGUGGUGUGUUUGUAAAGGCACAGAUAAUACGCCCAUGCCCUGACGACUGCUCAGAGCAUUGGAAUGUUGUUGCCAGUCAAAACAAAAACACUGGACUAGGCCUACCAAAAAUUAUUAUAG